AUGCCUAGGAAGGAGAAGCUGACCCACCUUCACUUCUUUUGGCAUGACAUUUUCACUGGCCCAAACCUAAGUGCUGUUAUAAUAGUCUCCCCAAAGUCCAACUCGUUCGCCUUCUUCGGUUCGGUGUCCGUGAUCAACGACGCAUUGACGAUCGGGCCCGACCUGAGCUCGGGCAUCAUAGGGAGGGCUCAGGGUCUCUAUCUAUCGGCAUCGCAAGAGGAGAUCGCCGCAUUGAUGGCCAUGAACUUGGUCUUCACGGAAGGAGAGUACAAAGGCAGCACAUUGACCAUGCUCAGGCGGAACACCAUCUUCAUGAAGGUUAGAGAGAUGCCGGUCAUCGGCAGGACCAGCUCGUUCCGGUUCGCGAGAGGCUAUGUCCACGUGAGGACAUAUCAAUUCGACCCAAAGACUGGGUUAACGGUAGUAGAAUACGAUGCGUUUAAUCGGUUCCAAAGUCAAUUGAAUGGAGCCAACUUUAGCAGAGAAGUCAUCAAAUGGGACAGAUACGAGGAUUAG